GGUUAGGUCAGAGACAACUGUCAGUUUGACAGUGUGCAGCAGGGAUAGUAGGAUUGUCACUUUAAUUCAAAUUAGUCAUAAUAAUAAUUAAUAUUAAGGAGAUACAUUUAUUUGGCACAUUCUGAAGAGCAAGUUACGCGUGAAAUAUGGCAGGUGUUAGAAUUCAAGAUGAUAUACCUUUAGCCGAUGACGACCCCCAGGUUAUUAUCAAUGACGAACCAGAGCAAAAUUCAAUUUCUGAAGGCAACUACUCUUCUAGUCUGAUGCAUGGAAGAAGUAUGGAUUCUAUUCAGUCAGCAUUCACCAAUGGUAGUUCCAGUCCACAACCAAAUAGUUUAGAACCAGACACUAGUCCUGAUGAGCAGGAAGAAAAAGCACGUCUUAUAUCUCAAGUUUUAGAACUACAAAAUACCUUGGAUGAUCUAUCUCAAAGGGUUGACAGUGUUAAAGAAGAAAAUUUGAAGUUACGUUCAGAGAAUCAGGUUCUUGGUCAGUAUAUAGAAAACCUGAUGUCUGCAUCUAGUGUAUUCCAGUCCACCUCACCUAAAAUAAAGAAGAAGUAAAGUUUCUUACCUUUUGCUUUUAUUAUUUAUAAACUUAGUUUUUCAGCAGCAUUUAAAUUAGAAGGGUUAUUGAACUGAUCUAGAUAAUAACAAAGUAAAAGAUUGAGUUGAAGAUUGGAAAGUUAUAAUAAUAGCAUUUGAUUUAUCUACUUUCUAGAACUUGAAUCACUUUAACUUUGCUAGUUGAAUUUUUAUCUAUAAGCUCACCUGUAGUGAUGGGCUUAAUCACCUGAUAAGUAUCUUCAGUCAUACCAAAGAAUAUUGAAUUUUUAGUGUAUCAAGAAUGAAAUGUUCUUCACCAAAAGUAUGUUGUUUUCUCAACUUGAUCCCUAUGAAUAGUGUGAUACAAAAUAAUGCAUUUAACAUUUGUAACAGUUUGUGAUAGAUACAAAUACUAUGAUUAUAAAAAAAUUUUCAAGCUGUAUAUGAUGUAAUGUUAAAUGUUUAGCACCUUAUCGAUUCUGAAACUAAAUGUAAAAUGAGUGAAACAGUAUAAGCAAGCAUUUUGUUACAUGAAUUAUUGAGUAGGUUUCAUUAUAUUAUCAAUAUUGGUCUGCAACCUUUCUUGAAUAUGAAGAUUUUCUCAAUAUCAAAAAGCCUUUCACCAUAACCAUGGCCUGCCUAAAUGUUGCUUUCCAAAAUGCACACUUGAAUGCUUUAUACAUAUUUUCAUAUACUUUUCUCUUUUGUAAAAAAAAACAUUAGUUCCCAAUAAAUUCAAGCAAGAAA